ACAGAGGAGUCCACACAGCUACAGGUAGAAAGUGUGGCACCAUGCUGGAAGGCUACAGCCCUGUGACCCAGGCCCUGCUGGGUACUCUCUUCACCUGGGGUCUGACUGCUGCUGGAGCCGCCCUUGUCUUCAUCUUCUCCAGCCGGCAGAAGCGGAUCUUGGAUGGAAGUUUGGGUUUUGCUGCCGGGGUAAUGUUGGCCGCUUCCUACUGGUCAUUACUGGCUCCAGCGAUUGACAUGGCAGAGGAUUCUGGGAAGUACGGCUCGUUUGCCUUCGUACCAGUGGCUGUGGGAUUCACACUUGGAGCAGCUUUUGUUUACUUUGCUGACCUGGUCUUGCCCCUGCUGGGCGUCGGCGCCGACCCCCACACCGCCUUGGCCCUGCCCAGUGAUUCCAAGCUGACCAAGGAAAAAGCAGAGGAUCCGUGGUUCCAGCUGCCAGACUCAGAGGAGAUGAGCAUCAGGAUAGGUAGAGCUGGACCUUUCUCAGACAAAAUUGAUAAUGGAGAUGUGUACCAAAGAAGACGAGGCACCAAUUUGGGUCACUCCGAUGGGCAAGAAUCAGGAACUAAAACACCAGAAGGAGUUGGUCAAACAGGCAACAGCUGGCGAAGAAUUCUCCUCCUCAUCUUGGCGAUCACCAUCCAUAAUAUUCCAGAGGGCCUGGCUGUAGGAGUUGGUUUUGGAGCAAUAGGCAAGACUUCCUCUGCUACCUUUGAGAGUGCCAGAAAUCUGGCCAUUGGUAUCGGCAUCCAGAAUUUCCCAGAAGGCUUGGCUGUGAGCCUGCCCCUAAGGGGCUCCGGGGUCUCAACAUGGAAGGCUUUCUGGUACGGUCAGCUCAGUGGAAUGGUAGAGCCCAUCGCGGGCUUGCUUGGAGCUUUUGCUGUCGUUCUAGCAGAACCUCUUCUUCCAUAUGCCUUGGCUUUUGCAGCCGGAGCGAUGGUCUAUGUAGUGGUGGAUGACAUCAUACCUGAGGCUCAAGUCAGUGGUAACGGCAGGUUGGCCUCCUGGACCUCCAUUCUGGGGUUUGUUGUGAUGAUGUCACUAGACGUGGGGCUGGGCUGACGACGCCAUGAUGACAGAAUAAGCAAGGCUUUCAGAUGCACUGCUGACCUCAGUUUUAAGAAGGGGACCAAAUGUGUUUUUCCUAACACAUCAUAAUGGAAAUGAGAUUAAUGCUACUUGAAGUUGAGCUGUGAGCAGCACCUUUAAUGCAAUGAUUGCUGUACUUGAACUGAUGCUUACAGUUUAAUAAGACAUCUUAUUCAGGAAUACCCCCUGAAAGAUAUUGUAAUUCAAGGGUUGGUGAAGGUUCUGUUCAGAUGGUUUUUAGGGAUUUUUAUCCUGAUAAAAAAAAAACAUA